UGCUGUCAAGCUAAUGUCAAAAGGGGGUAUCACAGUAGGCCACGUCUGAGGUAUUUUGACAUUUCGAUAAUACUAAACAUCGGAAAAAUAUCGUUAAGUUUCAGUACGUAAAAUAAAAGUACAAAAGUUACAACAGCAAACAAUAUGGAUAAAAAGAAGAAACUUCAAAGCUUUUCUGAUGCUGGCAAUUGCUCGACUGACCGUUCAUUGGGAGCUGUCGUAAAUAGACCUCGGCGCAGUCUCAGCUCAAGCAGCAGCGGUGAAAGCAGCAAAAGUGGCGGCAGUAGCAGCGACAGCGAUUCGUCAGACAACGAACAUGCUACCGAAAAUAAGUGUGCUGAUUUGGAGAAUAUUAUGUCAGAUGCAGAGACCAAUGCAGUCUUUCGAAUGGAUGAGUAUUUCAGGGAGAAGUACCUAGACAGAUUAGCCGUUGAGUUCAAGUCCGAAUGGCCAGAAAUUGAUUCUGAUUUGGCCGCUAGUCAGCCAAGUCUCAUGCGGAUGCCCAACUUUAUGCCGUUCAAUCAAAAGCCCUACGAGAUGCUGGACUAUAAAGAUGAAGCUUCCAAAGAGGACCUUAGAGAUUGUGAGUCACGAGAGACUUUUCUUACUAAACUAAAGACCACAGUGCGUUGGCGUGAGAUCCAAAAUGCAACUGGGGAAGUUUACCAAGAGUCGAAUGCACGCAUUGUUCGAUGGUCAGAUGGCUCACAAACUUUUCAUGUGGGCGCCGAGGCUUUUGAUGUAGUCCGUAUGCCCCUUUCUGGUACCAUGAACCAAUUCUAUUUGCGUUCGGGCAACUACUAUAAGUUGCAUUGUCCCAUUAAGGAGAAGCUAACUCUGCGCCCCAAGCUCGAUUCGAGUUUCGGAAUGAGUCAUGUGCAGGGAAUGCGUCAACGAGCCAUCUACAAGCCCUCAACAACCAGUGGCGUGAAGAUACUCCCUGAUCUUACGACCAAUCCUAUUGUAGAACGUGAUCGGAAGAUAAGAGAGGAGUCAGCAAAUCAGCGUCGCGAAUGGGGUCGUCAACGUUAUUCAAGUGUGCAACCUUUGCAGCACUACUCAAGUUAUAAAUCCAAUAAUUAACUUGAGAAACCUUAUAACAUUUAUUUGUAUUAUUCAUUUAUAAAUCUGAGUAAUUAUAUAAUUUACUUUUGAA